AUGAAGAUGAGAUCAAUGAGCUGGAAACUCAAACAAGGAGACAAGCUGAAUGCUCAAAAUGGAAUGAAGAGAGAAAAUUUAGAUUUACAGCGUCACAGUAUCAUUUGAUUUCUAAAUGAAAAAGAAACCAUGCUAACUUUGCAGAGCAACUGAUGAAUCCCACACCAGUUUCUUCUCAAUAUUUAGAACAUGGCCAAAAGUAUGAACCAGUUGCUCUAAUGGAGUACGAAAAGUUCAUGUUCAACAGAAGAACACCUGUUAAAGUACUGCCCUGUGGACUUGUGGUGUCAAGAGGAUGUCCAGUUUUAGGUGCCACCCCGGAUGCAUGA